GGAAAAUUCUGAUGAGCAGCAGUAAGAAUUACAAAACUUCUUAUUCCAACAUUCACUUGCUUCCUUUUGAAUACUUAGACAGUGGAGGAGACAGCAGCUGGAGCAGCACAGGCUUUAAACUCAAGAUAUUAAGAUGAGCGCAGACACGGCAGAGCACACGGAGGCUCCAGGUGAACAGACGGAGCGAAACGGAAUCGACUUCAGUCGUCAGAUAAAAACAGAGGACAUUCAUGACUCACCUCAUUCAGGCUCCACCGUAAAGACAUGCCACCUGACACAGAGCUCUCCAGUGCACGGAGGUCAGCUGACUGGGGAGCUCACAUCUCUCCACCCCAUGCAGCAGCUGGUUCUGAUGCCUCCUUCUCACCUGCCAUCUCCCUCCCCCUUCCUUCCCUCCAGUCACCAAGCCCUUCUGCAGCAGAACCUGCUGUCUCUUCCCAGCCAGAGCCCAACUGGUCUUCUUCAGCAUCAGCCUGGCCUGGCUCUGACUCCACAGGCUAUGGGUCGCUCGGGUCUGGCAGGACCUUCCAUGGAGAACCACAUGGACAUGUCCCACCUGCAGAUGCCCAAACACAUGUCGGUGCCUCCACAGGAGGAACCUAACGAGCUGGAGGAUCUGGAGCAGUUUGCUAAAGCAUUCAAACAAAGACGGAUCAAACUGGGUUUCACUCAGGGAGAUGUUGGCCUUGCAAUGGGAAAACUCUACGGGAAUGACUUCAGCCAGACCACAAUCUCUCGAUUUGAGGCCCUGAACCUGAGCUUCAAAAACAUGUGCAAACUCAAACCUCUGCUGGAGAAAUGGCUGAGCGAUGCCGAGAACUCACCUUCUGACUCGAUGAGCAACUCCAGCUCUCUGCCGGCUCUGAUGGAGGGCUACGGGCGCAAACGGAAAAAGAGGACGAGCAUUGAAACCAACAUCAAAAUGACUCUGGAGAAACGUUUCCUGGAUAACCCUAAGCCCAACUCUGAGGAGAUAACCCUGAUCUCAGAGCAGCUGUCCAUGGAGAAGGAGGUGGUUCGAGUUUGGUUCUGUAAUCGUCGCCAGAAGGAGAAGAGGAUCUACUGCCCGACGGCAACUCUACCUGUCAAGUCUCACACCUACAACUCCAGGAUGGCCUCUGCAUCCAGGUCCUACAGCCCUCUGGCUUCAGGUGGAGUUUCUUCAAGUUCAUCCCCAAAUAGUAUGAGCCGUGAGGCAUCUCCCAACGGUCUGUCUGCAGCCUCCACCUCUCUAACCUCUCCAGUCAGUGCAGCUUCCUACAGCACGCCAGGGUCAUGGUACCGCACAUGGAACCAUCCCACGUAUCACCACUGAAAAACUGUAUGACAUGAAGUUUUUGAAGGUAGUUCUCUUCUAGAAGGAUGCAUGGAGUCGCUCAUUGUCCCGUAACACACAUGGUUACAGCUACAGGUGAAAGCUCACACGGACACAUGAGACAAAGAAGCGGGAGCAGCACAAGCAGAGGACUGCGUGCCACCACUCUUCUGUCAACACUCACUUCAUUGCUCAUGCAAGUCCCAACAGCCUUCAGCUGUUUGAUUUGUGUUCAAGUGACUCUUUAUUCAGUUGCAAAUAUGAAGAACACACACACACAAAUCACACACACACAAAUAUCCUAAACAAUGGAGGGAAACGUCCUGUCUGAGCCUGUAACUGCCACCACUUAAAAUAAUUUAUAUUGCGCAUCAACCUGUUUAUAAUGCCAUCUUUCUCCUCUCAUCUGUUGUUUUUUUAAUGUUUAUAUUGUACUUAGUGUUGAUUUCAGGGUGUUUUUAGGGAUUUUACAGGUUUUAUGUAUGUUUGUUAGUGCUGCAACUUACUUCUUUUAUUCAACACUGUACUCUCGCUGUACCUGAAUAAGAUCUGGACAUGUCACAUGAAACGACUUUAUUUCAGUUAAAAAACACGUAUAAAAACAAACAGAAAUGCCAUGCCCUGUGUCAAGCUCAUUACAGAUGAAACUUUGAGCCAUAAUUUGAAUUUCAUCGUGCCAUCUGGCUCUCAUCAAAGCUCUGAAUGGGCUAUUUGCACAGUUCAUUAACAAAUCGCAUAUGUGUUAGACACUUUUAUGGAUAUUGAGUUUUAUGGCAGAUGUGGAAGUUUCUUCAAACCGUUUAGACCCUUGGCGGGCAACUCAGUGACUCCUAACAGUUACAUUACCUACAUCCUGAAAUAAUAACAGAUGGGGAUUUUUUGUGCCAUUUAACACUCAAGUUUUCCAGAGAAAUAAACAAAUCUCCUUUGUAUCAUAAUGCAUACGUAAAAGGCUCUUUUAUAUUUCAAACAGAUAAGUUAGAAUAACGUGUGUCUGGAUCACACUGCUCUCCAUUGUGUCCUAUAGCUCUCGAGAAUGCCUGCCUCUUUUGCAUAACUUUGCAGCUUUGACUGUUCUGCAGGUCAUUGCAGAGCACAGUGCGGGAGUUUCUCAGCUGCUAAACGCUGUUGGUUUAGGGCUAUAUUAAAAAGAUACUCAGCUAAUGGCUGAGAAACACCAUCAUUGUGUUUUGCAGAGAAUCUGUAUUCAGUGUGGAGGCAACAGCAGGGACUAUGUGCCCAAUCAGAUCUGCUUAGAGCUGGCUGAUCUCUGCAUUAAGCACAUACCCAGUUUUAAAUGUCGUCUAUGCAUAACACACUACUUUAACAGCUGCAGUCUGAAUGUUUGAACGACCUGUAAGAGUGUUUCAUAAUGACACUUUCUUGUCACUUUCUGUGUUUAGCUAAGCUGUGAUCUCCUGUUAUCGUCAAGUUUAAGAAAAUAAGUCCAACAAAUCACAUCAAAGUAGCAAAACUGCCUGCAAUGCGCCCUCUGACAUGGAUCAAAUCACAAGAACUACACACAACUCUUAUUGCUGGUUUUUGGGGUCUUUGUGGGAUUUGUUGACAGUUUGUUGACAGUUGUAAAAUAUAAAAUAUCACCAGACCUUUUUUUUUGUUUUGUUUUUAGUUUGGAAGUGGAGCACUUAAGCAAGUGUUGACAGAGUUUCUCUUUAUUUUGUAGCUCGUAGCUUGCUCUGUCCUCAGUUCACUUGUGUUUGCCUCUCUGCAGUUUCUGUUUUGAGUGUCCAUUGUAUAUUUUUUGUCCGGGGUUAAUGUUUUGCAGUGGGACCAAACUCCAACUUCAGCCAUAAAAUGAAAACAGCCACUAUAUUUACUGUAUGUUAUGUAAUGUUACAGUCAUGUUUUUACUGAUGUAACUGAAGCUACCACUGUAAAGGUGAAAAUGGAAACAGUGACGUGUGAUCCUCUGAGUCUCAGAGAAUCGUUUGUAUUUAC